GGCAACCCCCUCCGGCGGGUGGGGGCCAUAAAGAGCGAACGCAAAGCCGAAGCCAACCAAACCCAAACCACAAUCCUUCCAAAUUCCAAUCCCCCUUCCUCCAUCGGCGAUCGCCUCCGCUGCUUCCGACCUCCUCCCGUCGCUUCCGCCGAGCUCGAUUCCUUCCCCUCCCCUCCCCUCCGUCCUAGACCAAUGGGCUUCAUCCAGAGCACCUUCUCGCUCCUGGUGGGCGCGGCGGGCGGCAUCUACAUCGCCCAGAACUACAACGUCCCCAACAUCAAGAACUACAUGCAGGGCCUGAUGGGCAAGGCCAAGGAGCUGGACGUCGCCUACAAGAAGCCCGAGGACGGCAGCAAGAGCAAGGCCUAGUCAACCCGCUCCCCCGCCCCCAUCCAUGAGAGCAUGACCGACCGCUUAUAUAGCAGGCUAAUUGUUAUUACCAUCACUUAGUAGGUUCACUGUCAUUUGAGGAACGACUCUGCCCACUCCGUCUUAAAAGACUCUGUCCUGGGGAUGAAAUAUAGUACGAGUAGUAGAUGGCAUGUUUAUGUAUGAAUGAAUGGAUGGAGUGACCUGUUAGACUGCAUGAUUCAUGACGUUCUUGAAGAGCCAUUUCCCGUUUGACUAUCCUGAUGGUUGUUCAUUUGUUCA